AUGGCGUAUGUUCCCUCUUCGAAUAGCGUCAGAGAAGGCACGCAUCUUUCCGCGUCGUCUCAAAGAACUAGAACUCGUCCAUUAAAACGUAUGCGAACAAGUAAUCCUGUAGUCGCAACUUCCUCAAUUCUCAAUGAGGACGAAGUGGAUCCGUGUAGUGAAACCGAACCUUACUUUGAUUCACACGAGCAUGAGCCCUCUCGUAAACAUAAAUAUAGUAAAAAUAAACAACCGGUUUCUUCUUCUACAACCACUACUCCUGAUAAUAAUUCCACUCCUUAUGUCUUUAAAUCCGUCAAUCCCGGGCAAAAUUAUUCACAGCCUGAUUCUUAUCAUUCCCCUGAAAGACAUGCUUCCAUUUCUUCAUCCUCGACCAUUUCAAGUAUCUCCACAUGCACAAGCACCUGCACUCCACUCUUAUCCGAAGAACAAGUUACAAAAAUUAUAGAAAUGUUGGGCGAUGCAUUAGAAGAAGUCAAGAUUCAUGUCUGGCGAACGAUUAUCGAUACUAAUGAAAAUGAUAAAAACAUUCCACCAACAUUUCUUCAAGAGUUUAAUAAACUUUUGAAUGAGACACCGCUGCCAAAUCCAUCAGCUGUAAAACCGCAACAUAUCACAAAUCUAUCACAUUUAAGAUCUGAACUUUUCGGAUUACAACCAAAUAUUUCUUCAUCGUCUGAUACAAAUUUUUAUCAACAUGUGUUCAACUUUUACUGCCAAAUGACUGCUUUUUUGACCGUGGCUCAGAUGUUCUUUGAAGUGGUGGUCAAUGAUUUUCUAUGCGAACGCGAACAACCCAACGAAAACAGAAAACAAAUAUUAGAAACAUUCAUGGGAAUAUUUCAAGAUGAAGACAAUUUCCUUAUUAAUCCACUUAUACCAACUUCAUCGAUUAUUUUCAGUAGUACUCAUAAUUCUGAUGAAUUGGAUGCGUUCAUUUGGUAUUACAGACUACUAGUAGCACGCGAUUCUUUGAAUUACCCGUGCGAUCUUCCCCAACGAUUACACGCAUUUGCGAUUCGGUUCACAACUCUCGACGCGAUUGAAUCAAUAUUAUCGAUAUUUUACACAAAGUAUUUUUUGAAUGUGUUUGCAAAAGAGCAUCAAAAGGACCACGGCCAAUUCUACACUCCAAGAGAAGUCAUGAGAUUCAUGUGGGAUCGAGUCUUACUUUCUAGUCAUUCUUGGAUGGAGAAAUUACUUCGUGGGCCUCCACAUACUUUCGAUUCUGCUCCGCAUCCAAGUCGACAUGAGAUUGGAUUUAAACCGUUCGCUCCUCGAGUGCUUGAUCCUUGUAUGGGAAUAGGUUCCUUCCUAUGUGAAUAUAUCAAUCGACUCACUUACGCAGCUAGUCGAUUUCCGUCUGUAUGGAAACAACCGGAAGCACUUUCGCAUCUUCUUCAAUCUCUUGCCAAUAAUCUUUGGGGUAUAGAAAUAGAUUCCUUUGCGUGUCAUUUAUCAAAAUUGAACAUUUUACUUCAUAUGUUGCCUAUUUACAAGCAAUUUCUUCAGUUAUCACCUGCUGGCACGAUUAAAUUGAGAAGAUUAAAUCUCUUUUGUAAUGAUACAUUGAAUUUAUAUCUCCCAAAACCGGCGCUUGCAUGGGAAUAUGAUAAUUUAUUAUUACUCCGUACCCCAGACCGACUUAAAUUUGAUUAUAUCGUCACUAAUCCACCAUAUAUGAUAAGAAAGACUGGUUUCAUUUCUGAACCUGAUAGUGAACUAUUUGAUGAAAGAGUUCUGGGAAAAGGUGGAAUGCAAGCUUAUGCUUACUUCUUUUGGUUUUGCGUGGAAAGAUGUAAAGAAGAACACGGUGAAAUCUGCUUGAUUAGCGCGAGUCAGUGGAUGGGACUAGAAUUUGCGGAUAAACUAAGAGCCUGGAUAUGGCAAAGAUGUCAUCUCGUAGAAUUUUUUCAAUUCGAACCAUUUAAAGUUUGGCGUAAAAUCCAAACGGAUUCCCUUAUAUUUCGUCUUCGCCGUCGAAGAGAAUGCAUACCAGCGAAUAAUCAAAUGAUAACCGCACCGCACUCAUCUAUUACCAAUCUAGAGCCAUUUAUCCUUUUUUUGCGUUAUAUGAAUCGUAAAGCAACUCUACAGGAAACGUUGCAUGCGUAUGCAAGUUUCGAUCCGGAUAUCGCCAAUAGCUUUGACAAAGAUAUGCAUUACAAAUUGACAGCACCUUAUCCAAGCACGAAAUUACCUCCUUCUUCCACUAAUUCUUAUUCGUUCACUUUUCUCAUGCCAACUUCCGCCGUGAGUGCCUAUCUUCAUUCUAUAACCGCAAAGCUUCCCUCUCUUUGCGAUCAUUCGAGCUUAAAAUCUACAUGGUCAGAGCUAAAUCCGUUAAUAUGGCAUAGAGGACCGAAUACAAAUCCAGUCUAUGCGCUCGUAGUUCGUACAGCAUGGGCAUACUCAAAAUUUGGACCCGAAGUUUGUGGGAGAUGGCUUCGUCCUGUAUUCUAUUGGAAUGGUAAAAAUGGUGGAAAAGAAGCAGAAUUUUGGGGAAAAAUGGGUGACGAAUUACGUCUAGAAAAGAAAGAGAGUUCACCAGCCGAAGCAUACGUUCCGUUAUUGGGAAAUAGUGCCGCUGCAGCUAUCAUGAAAGAUAAACAAGACCAUGAAAAAUCUAUCUACUCUUUAAUCAUGGUGGAUCGUGAUGGAGUCGAUAAAAUAAGAAAAGAAGUUGGCGAAGACAGUGACUUUUGGUACUAUUUGAAGGAAGCGAGAAAACAUUUACAAGCUGGAAUGUCUUCAAGAGAAAUCGUAUAUUGUGGAACGAGCAAGUGUGGGUGA